AUGAUGCUGUCUCUGCAAUUUCUAACCCCUUUGCCUUCCUUAAAUAUCCCUAAUUCCCACUUCAUAAACCCUAAUCCCCUUUCACUCCAAUGCUCCAAAAACCCUAAUUUCUACCCAAACUCUUUCUCUAAACCCCACAAAACCCCUUAUCUUAUAAGUUCAGAGCGCACCCAUUUCCUCUCUUUCCUCAAAAGCUCCAACUUUGAACAUAAAUCCUCACAAAGAUUAAAACUUUCACCUCAAUUUUGGAGGUUAAUUUGCUAUGGGGUUAAGGAUUCUGGUGAAGAGACUAAGGCAGUGGUGGAUUCUGGUGGUGAUGGAGGUGGAGGAGGAGGUGGGGAUGAUGGUGAUGGGGAGAUGGAGAAAAAGGAUGGGAUUUUGCCAGAGUGGUUAAACUUCACUCCUGAUGAUGCGAAGACUGUGUUUGCUGCUGUUGCUGUUUCGCUUGCAUUUCGUUCUUUUGUAGCAGAGCCAAGGUUCAUUCCUUCUUUGUCUAUGUAUCCAACAUUUGAUGUGGGUGAUCGAGUUUUUGCAGAGAAGGUAACAUGGCUUUUUUCUUUUAUGAUGUUAAUGAGGCUUUAUGUGAGUACAUUCAAUGUUGAACUAAGGUACAUUUCAGUCAUGGAGAUUACAUGUAUGCAAAGAAAGCCAUGUGUAAAUGACAUAGUGAUCUUCAAAAGUCCACCAGUUCUCCAGGAAGUUGGAUACACAGAUGAUGAUGUCUUCAUAAAAAGAAUUGUUGCGAAGGAAGGUGAUACUGUGGAGGUUCAUGACGGGAAGCUUAUAGUAAAUGGAAUUGUGAGAAGUGAAAAGUUUAUUCUUGAACCUCCUUUGUAUGAAAUGACAUCUAUUAAUAUAAUUGGAAGAUCAAUUUUCCGCUAUUGGCCACCUUAUAGGAUUGGUGGCACAGUUCUUGAGACUGGCUGUGCGGUUGAUAAGCAGGAAAGCCCUGCUGCAUCUAAAUAG